CACAGUGAGUCGACUCCGCACUCCUGUAGCAACGCACCAGGACGAGCUCCCAUUCACAUCGCAGGGCUGAAGACAUCCUUUAUUAUUAAUAUACAGGCGAUAUACUCAGGAUAUAUACAGGAUGCUAAAACUGGUGUCAAAACAGCUGAGGACUCACCCGGCUUUGAUCCCUCUAUUUGUAUUCAUCGGUGGUGGAGCAACAAUGUCCAUGCUUUAUCUCUGCCGCUUGGCCCUCAAGAACCCAGACUGCUCGUGGGAUCGGACCAAUAACCCUGAACCCUGGAACAAGCUUGGACCUAACGAUCAAUACAAGCUUUUCACAGUGAACAUGGACUACAGCAAGCUGAAGAAGGACAGGCCUGACUUCUAAGCCUGCCCUGGGAUUAUAUUAAUGGCAUAGUGGGAAGUCCAAGAGCUUCUGAGUCACACAUCUGAAAAAGGAAUGGAACAUUCAUGAUGCUUUCAUACCUAUUGUAAACAUUCAUACAGAAACACUCUGGUUUUUAACUAAAUUUAAUUAAAAAAAAAUAUUUAUUGUGAUUCUUAAACAGAAAUGUUUCUGUCUGGAAAUGUUUUUAUAUAUAAUUUAAUAUUUUUCAGUUUGUGUUAGCCAGGCCUCCACACUCCCACAUGCUGUCUCUUUAGAAAUACCACAUCAAUAAAUAAAAAUAAAAAAUUUAUUGAACCUAAA